UAUAACCAAAAUCCUCAUAAUCUCUCCUUCCCUAGUCUGUUUUUCCUCUGUAUCCCGACAUGAUCUCCUGCAUGAUGUCAACAUCUGAUUCUACUUUCUUGAAGAAGAAGAAAAAGAAGGUAAGACUUCCUCCAAAGAGGGGCCAAGUGAAAGCAAAAAUGUUUAAGAGAUUGUACAAGAUUGUCGUCUCCGCUUUCUCAAAGGCAGAAGAAUCACACAAGAGAAGUGAGGGAGAAGGUGGUGGAGAUGGCAGAAGCUCCGCCUCUGCGACAUCACCUAAAAGCAGCUACAGCACUGGUGCAAAUGGUGGCAACUCUUAGAAGAUGGUCAUGUUGGUAUUUGGUAUUCUCCAUCAAGUUGUCACUUUUGGGUCUCAACUCUCUGAAUUGAGUUUUCCCUUAUACCUUAGAAAAGUUGGUG